ACAUACAUAUCAAACACAUAACUGGCAGCGAUCGGACAUAUUUCAAUGAGGGGUUCACCGAAACAUGAGCGCCGUUGGGCCUCCGACACCGUUCCCGGAAAGCCAACUGUCAGCACAGGAACCUCUCCCGGUACCGACUCCAAUCCUGCUGAAGAGUAUGUUGAAGUCACACUUGAUUUACAGGAUGAUAACACUAUUGUCCUCCGGAGUGUCGAGCCGGCCACGUUUAUUAACAUCGAAGAUGGAACUGGAGCAGAAACUCCGGUAUCUGUGUCUGCAUCAGAGACGAGAUCGCCAACGAUUAGGCGGAGUUCGUCGAAUAAAAUUCUGCAUUUCUCACAAGAGUUGAAGGCAGAAGCUGUGGCCAAAGCGAGGCAGUUCUCACAAGAAUUGAAAGCCGAGCUAAGGAGGUUUUCUUGGAGCCAUGGACACGCGGCGAAGGUGUUGUCGGCUUCGCCGUGUAAUGACGGAGGUGGAGGUGGAUUUGAAUCUGCUUUGGCGGCUCGAGCUUUGAGAAAGCAGCGAGCACAGCUAGACCGGACUCGUUCCAGCGCUCAAAAAGCGCUGCGUGGAUUGAGGUUUAUAAGUAACAGUGAAACCAACGGUGUAGAUGCAUGGAAUGAAGUUCAAAGCAAUUACGAGAAGCUUGCUAAGGAUGGUUAUCUUUAUCGUGCCGAUUUUGCUCAAUGCAUAGGGAUGAGAGAUUCGAAGGAGUUUGCUCUUGAACUGUUCGAUGCAUUGGGUAGGAGACGGAGGUUGAAAGUGAACAAGAUAAGCAGAGACGAGUUAUACGAGUUUUGGUCGCAAAUCACCGAUCAAAGCUUCGAUUCUCGUCUCCAGAUCUUCUUUGACAUGGUGGACAAGAAUGAAGAUGGAAGAAUUACUGAAGAAGAAGUAAAAGAGAUUAUCAUGCUCAGUGCAUCUGCAAACAAGUUGUCCCGAUUAAAGGAACAAGCAGAGGAGUACGCUGCUUUGAUCAUGGAAGAGUUGGACCCUGAAAGACUUGGCUACAUUGAGAUAUGGCAACUGGAGACGCUUCUUCUCCAAAAGGACACGUAUCUAAGCUAUAGUCAAGCGCUAAGCUACACCAGCCAGGCUUUGAGCCAAAACUUGCAAGGACUGAGAAAAAGAGGACCAAUAAGGAGGUUGAGCACACGGUUAAUCUACUUUGUCCAAGAGAAUUGGAGGAGAAUUUGGGUUUUGGCAUUAUGGGCCUUGAUAAUGAUCGGCUUAUUCACAUGGAAAUUCCUUCAGUACAAGCAAAAAAAUGCUUUCAAAGUCAUGGGUUAUUGUCUUCCAACAGCUAAAGGUGCAGCAGAGACUUUGAAGCUCAACAUGGCUCUCAUUCUCUUGCCCAUGUGUAGGAAUACCAUCACCUGGCUCAGGUCAACAAGAUUGGGUUAUUCCGUUCCCUUUGACGAUAACGUCAAUUUUCACAAGACUAUUGCGGCUGCAAUUGUAAUUGGUGUCAUUCUCCAUGCUGGAAAUCACCUUGCUUGUGAUUUUCCGAGGCUGAUCAAUUCUUCUGAUGAAGUAUAUCGGAAGUAUUUAAGGGAUGACUUUGGAGGACAGAAACCUACAUAUGCUGAAUUGGCUAGAGGGGCUGAAGGUGUAACUGGAAUAGUAAUGGUUGUCCUAAUGGCAAUUGCGUUUACACUUGCAACACGGUGGUUCAGGCGGAGCCUCGUUAAGUUUCCAAAACCCUUCGAUAGGCUUACUGGUUUCAAUGCAUUCUGGUAUUCACACCACCUAUUUGUGCUCGUCUACAUCCUGCUAAUCAUCCAUGGUGUAUUCCUUUAUCUAGUGCACAAAUGGUACCUAAAGACGACAUGGAUGUAUCUUUCUGUUCCAGUUUUACUAUAUGCCGGAGAAAGAGCCCUGAGAUAUUUUCGUUCUCGCUCCUAUACCGUCCAGCUUCGGAAGGUUGCAAUUUAUCCCGGUAAUGUCCUCACAUUGCAAAUGUCAAAGCCUUCUCAGUUUCGGUACAAGAGUGGACAAUACAUGUUCGUCCAGUGCCCUGCUGUUUCUCCAUUUGAGUGGCAUCCAUUUUCCAUUACCUCCGCUCCUGGUGAUGACUACCUUAGUGUUCACAUUCGCCAGCUAGGUGAUUGGACUCAAGAACUUAAAAGGGUAUUCUCCGAGGCCUGUGAACGUCCUGUAGCUGGGAAAAGUGGGCUUCUCAGGGCUGAUGAAACAACAAAAAAAAGUUUGCCAAAGCUCUUAAUAGAUGGCCCUUACGGCGCCCCAGCACAAGACUACAGGAAAUAUGAUGUGCUGUUACUGGUUGGUCUUGGAAUUGGAGCAACACCUUUCAUCAGCAUUCUAAAAGAUUUGCUUAAUAACAUUGUCAAAACGGAGCAGGAAGAUUUGGAAUCAGACAUCAGUAGGACAUCCAAUUUUAGUGCCGGAAGUAAUGAUGCUUCGACUCACAACAGAACUUCUCCGAAACUAAAAAAAAUUCUGAGGACCACUAAUGCUUAUUUCUAUUGGGUAACCAGGGAACAAGGUUCCUUUGAUUGGUUCAAAGGGGUGAUGAAUGAAGUCGCCGACCUUGAUCAAAUGGGUGUGAUUGAAAUGCACAAUUACUUGACUAGUGUUUACGAAGAAGGUGACGCGCGUUCAGCACUUAUUACCAUGGUCCAAGCUCUAAACCAUGCAAAGAACGGCGUGGACAUUGUUUCUGGCACUAGGGUGCGAACCCAUUUUGCAAGGCCUAAUUGGAAGAAGGUUCUCUCUAAAUUAUGUUCCAAGCACUGUAAUGCAAGGAUAGGAGUUUUUUACUGCGGUGCACCUGUCUUGGCUAAAGAACUCAGCAAGCUCUGCUACGAGUUCAAUCAAAAAGGUUCCACCAAGUUUGAGUUCCACAAAGAGCAUUUCUAAAUUCUAAUGAGACAACUGGAUGCAUAAAUAGCUAAAUAACUAUCGUUUACAACUCCUUCCCUCAGCUCCAAAUACCUCCACCUGCACAAUAAGAAUUUCUGAAGCAUUGUACAGUCUUGGGUGGAAAAGUAAGAAAGGGAAGCAAAAAUUAGAUAUACAGAUAUACAUAAAUACGUAUUCAAUACUCCAAGUGUAUAGCACAUCAAGCACAGCCAAGAAAAUCAUUGUGGCUGAUGAAACGGCUUGAGGUUUCGAUGAUAACCCAUUACUAGCUUAGUGGGUAGUGGAAGAACUGAAGUGAUUGCAGGGGAGCAGAGUGUGUUACAGCUACAAUUGAAAGACACAUAAUAUAUAAGGACAUGCCCAUGCAUAUUAUUGGUGGACAUGCAUAAGUGGAUGGAAGAAGACAGUUAUGAGAGGAAAGAUUUCGAGGUAGGUCUCUGUGCUCUGGAAUCUGAACCUGGACUGGGGAUUAAUUGGAUGGCUAUCUAUCCUUCGAAUAUUUCCUUGGAAGACUUGAGCAAAGCCUCAUCGGAUGUGAAUGCUGGCACCAGUUAAAUCCACUCGCAAUUACCUCUAGUUACUCGACUAGAAUAAGCAAAUUAUGUAAAUAAAAUAAUAUAGUUCAGUACUAAUUUUUACCCCAUUCUUGGUCCGAUUCAGGAAGAUGUCCGUGAGAGCUGUAAGUUUAGCAAGCAAUUAAUUUUGCGUACAUACAUCUGAUACUUUUUUUCUGAAA